AUGUCAAUAUUUGCAAUGCAAUUAACAGUCAUAUCUAGUGCAGACCGAAUUGUCAAUAUGGAUUUAAUGGAUAUUCGUAAGGAUUUGCUCAACAUAGUUUUGUGGACAAUAAAAAUCAAACACAUACUGUAUUGUAACCAAAAAUUGAAUUUGCUAAAUGCUGCAGUUAAAUGUCAUAUUUUUGCUCAAGUUUGGGGAAAAAUGACAGGAGUUCUGAAGUUUCAUGGCAGUCAAAUGACUCAUUUUAGAAUAAUCACAUUUUCCAUUGCCCACCAGUCUUGCUUUUGGUCAAAUAGAGCGGAACUAAAUAAUUUCACUUGUCCUAUUGCAUGUCAAAAGAACCGAUCGGGAGCUAUUAUGACUAAACAUAAGACCGAGACGCAUUAUAUCGGAUUAACAUUUAAAGUUCACCCAAAGCAAGAAAGGCAUAAAUUUAAAACAACUGUUAUUUUGAAAGGAAAUCUUAGUGUUUAA